GCAACGCAAGAAGGUGCCAAAAUUGCCAAAAGGCGCAACAUUUCACAUCCACGCAACAAAACUUAGACACUCCAUCAAUAAAAUCUACAACCAUUAAUUCACUUCCAUCUUCGUCUUCUUCUCUCAUUUCCUACAACCUUGGAUUUGGUUCUUCAAUGGCAGACAUGAACUCCGACCAAUCUUUUCAAUCACCAAACACUCUGAUGCCUUCCACACCUCUCCAACUGUCCGGUUUUCUCACCGGAGACACCAUCAAAGUCAGAGGCGACACCGGAAAUCUGAAGUUCUCAGUACAGUUCAGUGUCCAGGAAAAACAAACUCCUGAUCACGAGAAUUGCAGCAUCCUCAACUCUCUCGAUGCAAAUGCAUGUUUCCCCGAAAACCAUUCUGGUGCGAGUUCAAGUUUUUCUUCGUACAAGACACCAAACGAUGUUCAAGAAGUGCAAGAUCAUGGCAAUGAAGUAACUCAGUCUUGUGAGACAAGAAAGAGUGGAGAGAGUCACAUUGUGACCAGGCUGAGAAGUGGGGUGAUAUCGCGGCCAGUGACCCAUUUUCCUCGGAUACCAUUGUCCUCGGGUAGGAGUUUGAUUAGGCGUUGUGGGAAGGAGAGGCCAAAGAAGAAAAAGUGUGACGUGUUUGAGAGAGUGCUUAGAAGGCAUAGUUGCCCUAUAAGGCCAUGUACUUCAUAUGCUUUUUUUGUGAUGGCCGCUUGGGGUUCUGCGCAGUCCUCUUCGUUUGGUGAAAGGAGUAAGCAACUGGGUCGAAUGUGGUGCCAACUCCCUCGAAACGAGAAAAAGUUGUACGAGAAGAUGGCGAUGAAGGACAACGCAAGGUACAAGAGGCAAUGCAGCCUGUUGAUAGGAAAGCCGCUCGGAGCAGUGCCCAAAGGCAGCAGAUGAGGAUAACAGAACAUGUAGAAUCAAGAAGAGCUUCUCGAUGAUUUAUUAUUUUGUUGGUUAUUAUUAUAUUUUUGUUACAUUUCCGGUUUCUAAUGAUGAUGUAACAAAAUUUAUGCACUACAUUUUCCUUGUAAAUUAAGCCUUUGAUUUUCUGGUGUUGUGGAAAUUGUGCAUUUUCGUAUACAAAACAGGAGAGCGAAAACCGAUGACGAAAUCAGAGGAAGAAUUUCUUCUUCAGCUUAAAACUUUUUACUUCCUGUUAGCUGUGGUUCCUGCAGCAAAGCGAAUCACCAAGGAAAGUUCAAGCAAAAUAUUGGAAACCAAUGAAAACAUUUCUUAUGCCUCGAAGUAUCACGUUCUUCAAAUUUCCAAUCUUUUUAAGAUGCUUUUUGCUACAAUACUUUUGCAUCUUGUUCUUUGAUUCUAUUCCGUUCCGUUCGAGCAUACGUUGAUUCAAAACUAUUGACAUGUCGAAUUAUUUGAGAUGCCUCAGCUUAACAUAGGGUUUCAAAUCUUGACAGGGAAAAAGACUAAUGAGGUUUGAACUAUCCGUCGGGGAGCCUGCUUACAUUGUUUACUUGGUGCAGCUUUUACAUGUUCCAGUGCAAGGAAGUUUCAGAUACAGAUUUUAUCGGUUAGGGUUUUGUUUGGAAUCCUAACACCCAUCGAUCAUCAUCCAAGAACAAGGAGAACAUAGGAUUGGUAAACAAAACGUUGAACACAAGCCGAUACAAAAUUGGGUUUCUCCGAUAAUUGUACACACGAAUAGUAGGCUUGGGCACGAUUAAUAAAUGAUUAUGCGCAAUAAAUUGGAGAUCCUGCACCAAUAGCUACAAGAAGAAAGGCUUUUUAUA